CCUUCCUUAACACAUUCUCGGUCCAUCCUCCAAUUCUCCGUCUUCAUUGAGGCAGGGUACGAUGAGGAGAAGCACUUCCUUAUUGCAAGUUCGAAUCUAGGUUCUCUAAUUUCUCUUUUAUUUUAUUUUCUUUUCUUGUUCCACGCUUUCAGAAAUCUCGAACAUGGCUUCUAUCUAUAGUUGUUCGGAAUGCGAUUCCAACUUGAAUCUCAACUCUGCUUAUCUAUUUCCGCCUGAUUUCCAUUUUGAGGCUAGAAACAAAGGCAUAACCUCCUUCUUUGUGGUUGACGCUACCAAGUUCAGAUUCAAGCAGGAGGACAAGAUCAGAUCCUUCUUUGAGACCAUUAGUUACUGGGAAAUCCGAAGGAAGAAAGCCAUGAUCAAGUGUAGUAGCUGUGGUUGUUUAGUCGGUUAUGUCUACGAUGAUGGCCCUCCUCUUACUGAUAGUCCUGGACAAUUUCACAUGGUUCCAAGCCAGGUGACUUCGAGAUCCCCCAUAUGUCGUUUCAAGACCAAAGCCCUUCAAAUCACGUCUCAAACAGGACUCUCGCAUUGUUUUUCUUCCAUACGGCUUCACCGUCUUCUUCUUCCUUCUCUCUGCUAUUUUUAUUUUCUUGCUAAUCAUAAAUUGUUUAUUUUAGUUUGUGGAUUUCUUGGAAGUCAUUUUCGGUUUCUAUAUUUUAUUUUUGAUUUGUUCUCAAUGGGUUGCUCAUCGACAGCUCUGAUAAUAGCAAGGGUCUGACUUGUUCUAGUUGAUGAAUUUGGUUGUUCUAAACACCAUUAGAUUCUCGCCCAAUUCUGGCUUAUCCUGUUCUA